UUUGGUUGAGAAAUUUUUUAUAACAAAAAUAGAAAAUAAUGCCCCAAAAGCGCUCAAAACCAAGCAACACAUACUAACAAAUCAAUAUCUGGACUCAUAAACUAACUAAGAGACGUCAGCGCAGUUGCGGGCCACGUACAAAUCGAAAUUCAGCCUCUUAAAUUACGGCCCCGUCUGUGUGUGUGUGCUGUUUUCUCACACACAAUUUGCGCUGAGGCAGCAGCUGUAAUUCUUUGCAAUUAGCAACAAAACAGUGGCACAGCAGCAACAACAGGGAAUCGCAUUUCCCAGCUCCAACGACGACGGCAACACUGACAUCCACAAAGCAAGCCCCAACUGGACUGCAUGCCCGGCGGAACGGUAAACAGAUUCGAAGAAGCCCCCGGACGAGUCCCAUUACUCGAGCACUGGAGUGGGCAGCUCUGCUGUAGGCUGUAGGCUGUAGACGUAGUAGGUGGCAAGGAAGGAACAAGUGUGCUGUGCUUGUAUUCGACAACUCUAAAUUUGUGUUCGACGCAUCAGUUUCAUUUCAGCAAAAAUUCGAGUACUCUUAAAAUUAUCUAGACAGCAUGACUUCGGCGUCGGCGCCUGGCGGACGUAAACAGCCCACAGCCGUAUCGCGCAUGAAACAGGACUAUAUGCGCCUGAAGCGCGAUCCCUUGCCGUACAUCACAGCCGAACCGCUGCCCAACAACAUACUGGAGUGGCAUUACUGUGUGAAGGGGCCUGAGGACUCGCCCUACUAUGGCGGCUACUACCACGGAACACUGCUGUUUCCCCGUGAGUUCCCCUUCAAGCCGCCAUCGAUCUACAUGACGACCCCUAACGGACGCUUCAAGACGAACACCAGACUCUGCCUGAGCAUAUCAGACUUUCACCCGGACACCUGGAACCCCACAUGGUGUGUGGGCACCAUUCUGACUGGUCUGUUAAGUUUUAUGCUGGAAAGCACUCCCACUCUGGGUUCCAUUGAGUCAUCGAACUACGACAAGCAAGUGCUUGCUCAGAAGUCGCUCGCAUUUAACCUCCGCAACACAAAUUUCUGUGAGCUCUUUCCCGACAUUGUCGAGGAGAUAAAGCAGCGUCUGCAGGGCACCCAGGCGGCAGCAGCAGGUGCUGCUGCUGGCAGCGCAUCCACAUCUAAUGGAUCGAAGCGCGCCAAUGGCAUUGCCAACGGAGGAGCUGGACUCGUCGAUCCAAAUCAGCCUGCCGGCAUGGCCUACUUGCAGGAUGCUGCGGACGGCAUCGAUGGCCCCAAUGCCCCUGCCGCGGAAUUGGCCAAUGGAGGUGCAGGGGCAUUGCUGGACAGCCCGCGAAAUUCCUAUCUAAAUUGGCAGUCUGUCUAUUCGAACCUGGUGAUCGUCAUCUGCUUUGCGAUAUUUGCCCUUAUUGUUAAUUACGUGAUCAAAAACCUGAAUCAGGAAUAGAAUUAACUACUACACAGCCCCUCUAUCUAUAUUCCUGUAUGGAUAUAGGAAGGAUACACAUAUAUUUAUGCGUGUGCAUAUUUAAUCUAGUUUACUCUAAAGUAGUCUUCGUGAAUUCAGUACCGCUUCAGAAGUAUUUACCGAUGCUGCUUAACCCAGCCCCCAACCCCCCCAUACUCGUGAGUAACCUUCCCUCCUAUACGAUACCAUACCCGUUCCCCACCCCCUCCCAAAAAUCGCUCUUGGUCUGAAACUAUUGGCAAUAACAAAUAACAACACAAAAACAAAAACACCUUUUAAACUCAAUUUAUAAAAUCUAUAAAUUGUUUUUGUUAUGUAUUCAGUACUAUUAAAUUAUAGUUUAAAGCAACAUAAAUGAAGCCAGGAAUAUGUUUGUAAAUGAAUAAAUAAGAACGGCUACAUAGCAUUAGCCCGUGUACAAAUUAA